CCUAAAUAAUACAUACCAGGAAGCGACAAUCACAAUCGCUUAUAGGUACGUUUUUACGUAGCAUGAGCAGUCAACAUUUUCAAACUCUCAAUAUCGGGAACGCAACCAAAACUAUCGAUCAUUACUGCGUCCCUCUACUAAAAACUCUCCAUUAGCUACAACUGAGGACAGAUUUUCAAAAAUCAGAAUGGAAGUGUUUCCACCGGAUGCUGCUUGGGCAUCUGCGUACAGUCCACUGGGUGCGUCAACGCGUCUGCAAUGGCUCUUGUCUGGGCGGCCGGGUGGUAAAUCUGAAGAGGUGGAUCCAGCUUCGACAUCAAGAACGGCACAACCUGUAGUAGAAGACAGAAGCGAGCGGACCGCAGUCGCGCGGUUACUGCUACGUGUCUUGGUAAAUGGGACUAGGGAUUUGCGAGCUUAUACGACCAUUUCCACCGAGUUUCCAGAACUUGUAACCGCAGAGUCAGAAAAUUGGGCUGCCUCAGCUAAGGAGCAGAGUACGACUAGAACUGGAACGGACGCCGCACAGAACAAGGCAACAUCAACGGCAGAACAACUUGUUGAAUCUGGAGAGUAUAGUGAGGCUGCGCUUUUACUCGUAGGGAAAAGCAGCGCAACAAGCAGUACCAGCACGAAUACUUCCAAUUAUAGCGCGGCUAAUGGCGCACAUUUUGGCUAUUCGAUUCCAACCACAACGGUACCAUCUUCAAAAUUGCUUGCGCUUUUGCUCUGGUUAGGCCGUUAUGAAGACGUUGCUCGACAUCAAGCUUCGACUGCGAAUUCGUCAGUGGAUGUCUCCUGCGCUGUUGGCAUCGCGCACUUGGCUACAGUUAAGUGAGUCGACAAGAAAGUCCAUAACCCAUAUGAAGCAAUAUCAACCACACUCUGUAUUUCUAUUUGUGUUUCCGAAUUAUGAAAAGUAUUCUUUGAUUAAAUAUGAGGUACCUCAACACUCAGUGUUGUACCCUUUCUAACUGCAGCAGAUACAAGGAAGCGAAACAGAAUUUCGAGAAAGUGAAGCCAGAACAAUUGAAGUCCUGUCUUGAGAACGCAAGUGCGACGGCAGUUAAGGAUCAUGCUUAGAUUUUCACUGCUUCUUCUGCUUGAGUGAAAGAUCACUGAGAUUGUGAAGUUGAAUCCGGAUAGUUUUGUAGACUCCGCGCUAGAAUCGGCCUAAAUCCAAAGCUCCGUAGUGGUCAUAAGUACUCGCACAAAAAGUUACCGCAAUCUUCAUGGUCCAAACCAAGACUGCGACUGUGACGAGCCUCUAACACGCCCGAUGGAACGCGAGAAGCUGCAGCAUCGACGGGAGGUAGUUUGUUAUAGUAUAUUGUAAUGAAAAAUCUCUCUGGCUGUGGGCGUGGCUGCUGGUUCUUUUUUAACGAGGUUAUUUAUUGAAGAAAUAGGUUGUAGUUCUCGUCUUCGUGAUUCCUAAAUCGAUGAUCAUCCACUACUUUCAUCGUGCUAUGAAAUCCACACUAUUCCAGAUAUUGCUAGCCGAGGAGACAUUGCGCUGUAUCUCUUUUUGAGCUGCCUUGCUACUUCGCUCGAAAACAAUUUAAGGCAAGGAAGUCCAAUUUUUCACGCCGAGAAGAUUUCCACAACAAGCUAGAGAUGAAGAAUAGUAUGUUGGUAGAGAAGACCCGCAUUUAAUUGGGGCAUUUCUCUAGUGUACUAACUUGUAUUCAUCCACAUCCUCUCUCCACCUGCUGGUCCUAGAGUAUAAAAAACCGUUAAAGUAGAACAAGCAUACGAAAACCAAGCUCUAAAUCCUACCACAAUUGCUACGUCCUCAGCGGCAUUAGGCGACAUGUCAGCAGCGUGGGGAGCAGCAGUGGGACGCGAGCUGCCAGAGGUGAGUGCUUCUUUGAACUGCAAGAACACAGCAAGUAGUAGUGUUGAUGUAGAAAUGACCGAAGCCGAAGCGGACGCUUCAUCCAACAUGGAAGCUUUAGGGAGAUCUAGAUCUUCGACGCAGGUGGCUGAAAACGUAGCGAGUGUCCUAUGCUUAAGGGUAAGGGAAUAGCAUCUCCAAAGUCAUCUGGAAGCAAGAUGAAGGCAAGAAGAAAAAAGCACUCAGAUGAAUUCUGAGAUGCAUUUCCUACCCCUCUAAUAUACCGAAUCGGUAUGAGGGAUCCCCACAUAUCCGGAAUCCUUCCGUCCUUGCUCCAGUCUUUCCAGCGCAAGGAGUUGAUCCAUUUCGUGACGCCCUACUCGGUCGUACGACUAGCCACGCUGAAGCCUUUCGCAGUAUACCAAGACGUCGAGCUCGAGAAUAAUCUUCUAGGUGUUUCAAGACCACCGGCACGACAACAACAACAUGAUGAGAAGCAGGGAGACGGCACAGCAAAGAAGGGAAGUCAACAAUCUCAAGAUGCAAAGGAUGCAGAACUUGAGUUGCUGCGAGACUGGGCUACGCGACCCUUUGGUGAUGAAACUACCAAUGUCCUUGCUUCAUCAGAAAGCAAUUUACAAGAGCAGCUUGCUAGAGUUCUUCACUCGAUGGAAUGCAGUGGCCGCAUCGACGAAGAGGAGGGUGUUUUUAAGAGCAACUUACAUGGUGAAAGUGAGAGUGAGAUGAAUGUUGUACUUAUUAGAUAAAGCAAGUGACUAUUCAGUCACACACAUAUUGAGUACUUAUUUCUAUUUCUAUUUUUAUUGUACGUACUCGGAUAAGAACUCAGAUAGAAUUGUGUUUCGCAUGAUAUCCAUCUAAGAUCCAGUAGCACCUUUUCCGAACAGAAAAAUAAAAAUCGAGGCCCUUGGUCUAACACUGAUUUUAUUGUCCGCACUCCUAUUCGUAAUCCGCAUUCUCCUCUAAGAAUGUGCGUCGACUUGAGGGCGAACCUACUGACAACACUAAAAUCGCUCGCGUGCAUCGGGCUUUGCAUCAGCUGUCGAACCGUGCCGAAUUUCUGCUGCGCCAGGUACUACAAUUCUACUUGCAAAUCAGCUCCACCCAUUGCCGCUACACUCCAGGUGAAGAUGCCUCCUUAUUGACGAUGAAAUCACACACAUACACAACUUAACUUCUAAGAUAGAUCGUGAUAAGCUGCGUACCAAGAAGCCGUGGAGAUGCUACUUACUCACUCGUUCUCUUCAGAACUCAUAUUUACAUAUACAUAUCUAUUUAUUAGUAUUACACUUUCCUCAUUAUGACACUCAAGAUCUCAUGUUACACUGAAUUCUGACUCGCCAAAACUCAUUCUGACUCGCCAGGUAGAGAAUCCUGAAAAGGGUAGGAUGUUGACUGCAGAAACGUCGAGUCGGAAGCGGGCUGGUGGAGCAUCUUCAGCGGUCGAGACUGAGUCUCUCCUAGCAGCUGGCAAGUACGAAACGAUGGAGGAUGUAGUUUUCUGAAGACGAAGUAGAUCUAGAAGAUUUACUAUUGCUUGAAGGAAAAGUUGUGGUGGGAGAAACAAGCUUUAUGGUGCAAGCUCAGGAUUUGGGAAAAUAUGAAUAAAAUGAACAAGUUGUCAUGAUGACCUUUCUAUUUCAAGAAUGAUGCCAUUGUCAGCGUCUAUUGUUCAGAUGAAAAUAAGUUGUCAGUGGAGAAGGAGUGAUGGGUUUUUUAGGGUAGACUGACUCAGCAAGCAGUGUGGAGGAGGAGAAGCACUCAGCAAGCAAAAGUGAUGGGUCAGACGUAAAGAAAGCGAGUGCACGAAAGACAAUGGCG